GCCCGAAAUACAGAACGAGUUGGCCCGGCACGCUGAUCUGUAUGUACCGGCACGGUAGAUUUCCAAGGAAUUUGCGGAGCCGAGUUCCUAGUAAACCUUAUUGAGUCCAGUUCUGAGAAAUUAUGUAGGAGGGAGAAACAAAAAUAAGAGAGAGAGAGAUAGAGUGAGAGAGAGAGAACGGGGAGUGAGCGUGACCGUUUCAAGCGCUCCAUAGACGUGUAUACACACAACAGAAAAUCAAGUUCAGAUCAGACUCAGUUUGAACCCAACAUUUAUCAAUCAAACAUCUAAAGAUUAGUGUAACAAAUUAAUAAUUGGAACUGAAAGUUAAUCUGAAGAUAUAGAAGUUUAUACUAUCUACAGUUUUGGACAGGAUUUGAAGUACCAACAUCCCCCCACACAUAAUUCAGAUUCCUGGUAGAGAAGCUUGAGGAGCUGAGCAGCUGACGAGCCUGCCUGCCUGCCUGCCUGCCGACACAAAAUCCACGAAAUUUUCUCCCGGAUCGGAUUCUGCGAACCAACCGACAACGCGGGAGGAAAUCGGGGAAAUCGGAUAGAAAGAAAACCCGCAAUCAGUUUCCUAAGAAGGGAAUUGUGGAUUUCAUAUUCUAGUUAAACCUUGAAUCAGAAAGUUUUAAACAUUACAAUCAAUACUUUGUCCGCUCUAACAUGAGAUGUAGUUGUAUAGAACAUGUUUCCCUGCAUACAAUGCUCAAGUUUAGUUCUAUGUAAAAAGUGUGAAAUGAGCACAGCAACGAUCAGGAUGGUUAGAGAUCAGUAUUCAGGAGGAGUAGUAUCCUACCCUUCAGCUACCCUUCUACCCUCAUCAUCUAGUCAUCAACCUUUUACCUUUAAUCAUUCAUCCUCCUUUCAUCUCUCCUCCUCUCUCCUACCCUGCAACUCCAACCCUAAGAAGAAACCUAGUUCUCCUCUACAUUACCAGAACGUUUCUCCGGUCGGAGAUAGCCCUGAGCCAGUUCAAAAUUCGAAAUCCCUCAAAAUGAUCUCUGUCACUCCGAUUCCGGAUUCCGGAGCCGAAAUGCGUCCGUCUCCGUUAUCUCUUCUCCGACAUCAAGAGUUGGAAUCCCAGAAACGAGAUCUCGAUCAUCAGCUUAAACUGAUCAAGAUGAAAAUGCUUGAAAACCAGCUGGAACAAACAAAGCAAGAACUGAAAGAGCUGGAAUAUCAAUCCCAGGUUAGUCCAAGGGUUGAGUCUUCAGCUCCGUCUCUUCCUCCUCGUUUGGGUCGACCUCUUACUACCUCAGCUCUUCUGAUCACAACCUCGUGUGAUCCGUUCGACAAACAACCGACCCUCGAGGUUUCCAGGUUGUUCCAAUCCUCCUGCUCCUCCGAUGCCUCCGACAGACUGGAUCUAGAACGAACCCGACUGGAGUUAUCCAACUGUAGUUGGUAUCACGGUAACAUAACCUGGCUUCAAGCUGACCAGCUUCUAGAGAAUAGAAGCGAGGGAACCUUCUUACUCCGGGAUAGUCAGUAUCCGGGUUGUCUCUACUCUCUCUCUAUACAGAGGGUUAAACUAGGACCAACCUCUAUCCGUAUUUACUUUUCACAAGGACGGUUUAGGUUGGAUUCUGAGGGAGCCAUUAGGAACAUUAUGCCGACAUUUCCCAGUAUUGUUGAUCUAGUCGAGUACUACAUGAGACGAGACAGGCUCUAUUCUAACCCUGGAGAUCAUGAGCUAGAUAUCAAAACUAAAAUAGAACUCCGAACCCCGUUAUUCAAAUCCCCUCCGUCUCUGGCCCAUAUGUGCCGGAUAACUGUAAACUCUUGUAUGAAAGGAGGAAAGAGCAGAAAUAUCAAAAAGCUAAACCUUCCGGUCAAACUAGAGCAGUACCUAUCAUCAUACAAUAACAUUGUGUAAGCACAACAACAAUAACAUUGUGUAAACACAACAACAACAAAAUUGUGUAAACACAACAACAACAUUGUGUAAACACAACACCAUUGUUUAAACACAAAAACAAAACUUUGUUAACACAGCUACAGCAUUGUGUAAACACAUCAACAACAUUGUGUAAACACAACAUUGUGUAAACACAACAGCAUUUUGUAAGCACAACAGCAUUGUGUAAACACAACAGCAUUGCGUAAACACAUCAACAACAUUGUGUAAACACAACAGCAUUGUGUAAGCACAACAGCAUUGUGUAAGCACAACAGCAAUGUGUAAACACAACAGCAUUGGGUAAACACAAUAACAUUGGGGAAACACAACAGCAUUGUGUGAACACUACAGCAUUGUGUAAACACAACAGCAUGACGUACUUGCUUGUGCACAAUGACUAUAUAUGUCCAUUGCACACAGUACAAACAAAAACGCUGUUUUACAUGAAGUAUAAUAUGCUGAAGAAGAGACAGAAUAAAUAAGCAUGACAUCAUGUCUCUAACAGUAAUGUAUUAACCAUAUUUUUCGACAAUAUUUAAAUAUUGUUAUUUUAUCAACAUUCAUUCUGAAGAAACCAGUGUAAAAUUAUAGAAGAAAUUUAUUUAGAAUAAACUGUGUAAAAAACUGUA